AUGGAUCCCAUUGUUCAUGAAAGCGAAGAGAUACAAGCUAGAAAAACAAGAAAACGAAAGAGAAAUUUCAAGUUAGAUAUUGAUAUCAUGAUGCUGGUUUUGUCAAUCAUUGCGAAGAUUCAACAUUCCGUUCUGCAGAUACCACGCCAAAUAAGAAAGUCAGCUACAAGACUUGGACAUGAAUACAUACAAUACCAAUUGGUUCAUGAGAAACGUGACACUUUUCGACGUUUGUACCGUAUGGACCCAGAAGCAUUUCUGAAUCUAUGCUCUAUUUUGAGAUUGGAGAUGGGUUUGAAAGACACAAGAUAUGUUUCAGUUGAAGAAAUGCUUGCCACAUUUUUGUUCAUCGUCGGUCAAAAUUCAAGAUAUGUUUCAGCUGAAACUAGAUUUCAGAGAUCAAGAUUUUCAAUAAGUAAGAGCUUUAACAAAAUUCUAAAGGUGCUAAAAGCACUUGCUCCAAAGUAUAUGGCUAAACCCGGGCUUGCAGUGCCUACAAAAAUAAAAGAUAGCACAAGAUUUUAUCCUUAUUUUAAGGAUUGUGUAGGGGCUAUUGAUGGAACUCAUAUCCUUGCAAUGAUAACAGGACAAGACUUGGCUAGCUACCGUAAUCGAAAAGGACAACUAUCACAAAAUGUGUUAGCUGCUUGUAAUUUUGAUUUAGAAUUUACAUAUGUUCUUAGCGGUUGGGAAGGUUCAGCUCACGAUGCGAAGGUACUAAACGAUGCUUUAACUAGAAACACCAACAAAUUAAUAGUUCCAGAAGGAAAAUAUUAUUUAGUUGACUGUGGAUUUGCCAAUCAUCGUCAAUUUUUAGCUCCAUUUCGAAGUACUCGCUAUCAUCUCCAAGACUUUAGGGGACAAGGAAAAGAUCCUGCAAAUGCAAAUGAGUUGUUUAACCAUCCACACUCUAGCUUACGAAACGUAAUAGAGAGGAUUUUUGGCAUCUUCAAGUCAAGGUUUCUCAUCUUCAAAUAUGCACCACCCUUUCCAUAUAAGACGCAAGUAGAGUUAGUACUUGCUUGUGUUGUUUUACAUAAUUAUCUUCGUAGAGAAUGUCGUUCAGACUUGUUUGAAGAUGUGGCUAAUGCGGAGGGAACUGCCGUUGAUGAAAGAGUUGAUGAUGAGAACCAUGAAGAAGAACAGCUUCAUGGUACUCAAGACCAACAAAGAGUCCUUGCUAAUAACUGGAGAGCAACUAUAGCGGAAAACAUGUGGACAGAUGCUAUGAAUAUGGGAUCAUGA